UAUCAGUUUCACUAUCGACUUCAUAGAUGCUGCGAAAUCCUUUUUCAAUUUAUUUGAGUCUGUCACUAUGUUUGGAGAUAGACUGUGGUCGGAUUGUAUCUAUGGUACGACGGAAGACGGAACUUCGGACUUUGUACCCGAAUAUCGUUUUCCAUCAAGCAAUGAAGUAGAAGAAAAUUCUAAUUAUGGUGGACUUGAUCACUUUUCAAGAUAUCUUCCAACAGACGCAACAACAAAUUUCAAUCUUCCAAUUGACGUGAGUUCUGGAGGAGAGGUACCAGAAAAUUUUUCAUCUCCAUCUAUAUCCAUUAACACUACUUUGAAUCAAGAAUAUUCUUCAUCAUCAGAAGAAAGCAUUGUUGAAAAAGGAGAUGAACCAGCGCCUAUGCAAAAUGUUUCUGGAAGUGAUUCCGAUAGCGCGCAGAAAAAACGAAAACGACGAGUAUUGUUUUCAAAAAGUCAAACUUUUGAACUGGAACGACGAUUCCGACAACAGCGGUAUCUGUCAGCACCAGAAAGAGAACAUCUGGCCAGCAUUAUAAGAUUGACACCAACUCAAGUAAAGAUUUGGUUUCAAAACCAUCGCUAUAAGCAUAAGAGAGCGAGAGCAGAUAGGGUGGAUAUAAACUUCCAAUCGCCAAGAAGAGUUGCUGUGCCUGUAUUAGUACGAGAUGGCAAACCUUGUCAACCAUCAAUGCCACAAGAAGCACAGUCCAUUGGAUUACCUCGUAAUGAUUUGCCUUCCAUAACUUCAUUAACAGCUGCCACCAAUAACUGUGUCACGAACUCAUAUAUUAGUUCCUAUAACAUGAAUAAUAUGAUGCCAAGUUAUAAUCCGCAUUUAUUUCAUCAGCAGCGUUGGUGGUAGAACAAUGAUACCACAUAAGUCCCUGUAAAAAAUGUAUUUUGAAAGGAGAGAGAAAGAGUUGAAAAACUAAACAUUAUAGUGGAGAAAAAAAAAUCAAAAUAUAAAAUCCACUCGACGAAUUUUUUUAAGAAAAGUAUAACAAAUAUUCCUGAAAAUAAGUUUUAACAGUUGUUUUUAAUUUCUUUAUGCUAAUAAUAUUUUCAUGCAUAAAUAGUUGCUUCUAAGUUUUAGAUUAAACUUUUUGUUGUUUUGGGUAGGCUACAUUUUGUUUGAGUUUUUUAACAAUUGCAAGGACUGCAUUCAUUAUGCUAAUUAGUUUGACCAUGGUCAAAAUUCGUUCUCUUUAAGUUAAGGAAUUUAAUUUUUUAUAAGUAUUCAGUUAUAUGAAUAAUACAAUUUUUUACACUAAGUUAACACUAAGUUUUAAUACUUGCAAAACAAUUUUACAAAAUUCAUUAUCUAAAAUAAAAAGGCAUUUUCAAAAACUUUAUUAUGAGAAACUUUGUAGGUUAUAUGACAAACAUAGGAAUUGCAUUAUUUAAUUUGGAAGCAAUUAUUAAAUUAAGCAUUUUUUGAGUUAAAAUACUUAGAAUUAUUUACGAUUGCGUAACUUACAACUAUGUAAGUAAUUAAGAGAAACUGAUUAAAUUACAUAAAUAUUAAAAAGCAUGAUGUCAUAUUAUCAUGUACAAAAUAUUUUUUUAGGUAUUCCUUGAAAUUAUGUAGUUAACCAUGACAAAUUAUAAGCAAUUAGAAAAAUCAUUUAAAAAUCACUGAGUUUUUAUUUAUUCACAUUUCAAAGAUAGGCUUCUUUUUUCUAUCAUACUAUUUCAAUUUUUAAAUCAAGCAAAUAAUCCAAGUUCAAAUAUCUCUGAUUUAUUCACUUAAAAUAUGCUUGGAGUCAUACUGCAUUAUUUUGACAGUUAUGUAUCAUUGAAGCUUCUUUGAACAUAGUAUUGAGAAAUUGAAAAUAAAUAGUUAUUUCAGACCAAAAAAUGUUUUAAAAAAAAUAUUAUAGCAUUUUUUAAUCCCAUUUAAAAUAUUUUAAUGCUUUCAAAUUUUUUUUCUUAAAGGUUAAAGUAUUUAUAUGUACACUGCCUUACAACAAUUAAGAAUUCUUCGCUGUUUUUUAGCGAAGUUACUGGAUUUUCUUGAAGCAUCUUUUACUCGGGAUAUGUCCAAAAUUUCGUAAUCCUUUCGGGUAUAAUACCCGGGUUCCACGUUCAAUUGCUUUAAAACUGGCAACACAAACAGUAAACGUAACAAAUUAACAAAAAUAUUAAACCGAAAAUUCAACAAAAAUAACGAUGAUAUUAAGCAAAGAAAUAAGAGCGCAAUCAAAUUCAAAUGUAAACAACCUAGGAUAAAAUAUUUGCAGCUAUUGUACAAAUGAUUCCUUAUCUUUUCUUUAGUUAUUCUUUUAAAUGAUAAUAAUUUUUAUGUUAUCAUUAAAAGCAUUGAUCAAAUUAGAUCAGAUAUAUUGAAAAUAGUUAAUUGAAAUAUUUUGAUUUAAUGCAAACAUGUAUUGAGCAUUCAUAUUUUUUAAUUACCAAAACGUUGCGUCUACUUAAUUAAAUUCAAACAAAUUGAUUUUGAGUUUGAAAAAAAUCAUUAACAUAGUUUUAGUUAGUAUUGGUUUUAAACUAAUAUUUUCGAUGGAAGCUUAUUUUAUAUAUAAAUCUAAUAAAACUGGAGAAACUUUUAACACGUUUUUCCCCAGGCAUGAUAGCUAAAGAGUUGAUUACUAAAACAUGGCUUCUACUUAAUUAAAUUCGAACAAAUUAAUUUUCAGUUUGAAAAAAAACUAUGAAACUAAUUUAAUUAAGUAUCGAUUUUAAAUCAAUAUUUUAGAUGGAAACUUGUUUCAUUCUUAUGAAAUCUGAUUAAACCGGGAAAAAAAUUUCAGCCUAUUUUUUCCUAGACAUGAUAAAUUUAACUUUAAGAAAUCUUUUUAAUAAAUAUUAAACAGAAAUAAUAAAAAAUGUAGCAUACUAAUAAAAAAAAAGUCUAUUUUUUCUCCGUAAUAUUUCCAACAUUUUAUUUCAUUUGGUCAGCUGGUCAAGAAAACUGCAACUAAAAUAAAUGCUAUUUUAUAACAUUAACAUAGUUAUUGAUUCACUGAUUCGAAAUAACUGUUCAAAAUGAAACAUAUCAGAUAAAUUUACUGUACAUUAACAACUCAUGUUUAUUUACAUCUUGUUUUUAAAUAAAUUAAUUGAAACACAGGCUAGAGGACAGAGUACCAAUUAAUAGAUUUCCUACACAAAUAGGUAUCUUAUAUACAGAUUAUUUUAUAACCUGAUAAUGACUUCAGAAAGACUUAGACAAAGAAUUAUUCUAUCAAAACAAAACUAUAUUGUUUAUUUUUCAGAAGGGAAGUUUUAAGUUUUAUUUUAUUUUUUGUUCGAUUUUUUAGAACUUAGUUCAUGAGGUGAGGUUAGAAAAAUGAAGCAAGGCCUCUAAUGAAAUUUGCAUCAUUCUAGUCUUAAGGCGUACUCAACUAAGACAUUAGUGGAGUCCUUUUAUAUUUACUUAUUUUUUCUUUUUUCUUUUGUAGUUUUUAUAUAUUUUAGAUAUUUUGUGUUUUUGUAUUUCAUUUAGAUAGUUUUUAGCUUAAUUCUUUGAUGAAUUAUUUCAUAAAAUCAUAUUUGUUCGUUCUUUUUGAAAAAAAAAUUAUGUUCUUUAUGAAAAUUGUCAAUUGUGAUUUUUCAUUUUUCAUUCCGGUUGAAAAAACAAUAAAAUUGUUGCAAAAUAAUUAGUGGCACAUGGUGCUAAUAUAAUUUUAAAUGUAGUCACUACAUUAUCUACGAUUGAAAAAUGUUGGUAGACAAUAAAUGUUUAUUUGUACAAAAA